AGCCUGCAGCGGACGAUACUUGAUUCACUUUCAUUGACUUUAGUGACGUCGAUUCGUGGGAGGUGAACUUUCGUUUCAAGUCCAUGAUUUGAGACAUUUAUUAAAAGUUGUUGCGCGUCACGAUAGUGCGAAACAAUGGCUGACAACGAACAGAAAGCGAUGCAGCUGCUGGCCGAGGCCGAGAAGAAACUCAGCACCAAAGGCUUUUUUGGUUCGCUGUUCAGAGGAUCCUCAAAAGUGGAGGAGGCUGUAGAAUGUUAUCAACGUGCUGCAAACAUGUUCAAGAUGGCAAAGAAGUGGAGUUCUGCUGGAAGCGCUUUCUUAGAAGCCGCCGAGUUACAUCUGAAAGCUGGCAGUCGCCACGAUGCGGCCAGUAAUUACGUGGAUGCUGCUAAUUGUUUUAAGAAAUCUAAUACAAAUGAGGCAAUUAGUUGCUUGUUAAAGGCGAUCGAGAUUUACACCGACAUGGGUCGGUUUACAAUGGCGGCUAAGCAUCAUCAAAGUAUAGCCGAAAUGUAUGAAAGCGAUGCGGUAGAUCUCGAGCAAGCUGUUAAUCAUUAUGAGCAAGCUGCUGACUACUUUCGUGGAGAGGAAAGCAAUUCUUCCGCCAAUAAGUGUCUUUUGAAGGUCGCGCAAUACGCCGCGCAACUUGAAAAGUAUGAUAAGGCUAUACAAAUUUAUGAACAGGUUGCUUCUGCAUCUUUAGAAAGCUCUCUAUUGAAAUAUAGCGCGAAAGAAUAUUUCUUUCGAGCGGCGCUAUGUCACCUAUGCGUUGAUGUGUUGAAUGCGCAACAUGCUAUUGAACGUUAUCAAGAACAGUAUCCUGCAUUCCAAGACUCUAGGGAGUACAAAUUGAUAAAGACACUAAUAGAACACCUCGAGGAACAACACCUCGAAGGUUUUACAGAAGCGGUUAAGGAAUAUGAUUCGAUCUCACGAUUGGAUCAGUGGUACACGACAGUAUUAUUACGUAUUAAAAAGCAAGUUAACGAUAAUCCAGAUCUACGCUGAUCGGUUGUUUCUUCUUCGUGCUAUUUCCUGUCGAUGAUAUUAUCAAUUCAACUCUAUAUGUAUUCUUUUUUAAAUCACGCCCUGCUUUCAGUGGAACUUGUAAAGUAGUUUCGUUUUUAUACCCAAAUAUAUUUUUCAUAACAUCUCCUAGCACUCUUGGCAACUAUUAUAUGUUCAUCUGUUCAGUUAUCGUGUACGCAUAGACUGUUGUCAUCAAAGAGUAUAAAGAAUGAACUUGGAAUAUUCUGUGGAACUCGCUAGGUAAUUAAAAAUGCCGAUGUAUGGGGCAUACAAAUAAACAUAGAAGUAAAUAAUAUUGGAACUCUGUUGGUAUUCAUACUUAUCGAUACAUAAAUAGCUUGCCAACGAGCCACAGCUUGUGCAGUUUAAUUCCGACGUAUGCAAUCGCGAUGAAUUAUCCAGACAAAAGUUAUUAAUUUUCGUAUGUUUAGCGAUCUCUAUAGAUGUGGGACAGUUUCAAAUGUAUAAUGUUUAUAAAAGCUGUUAACGCUAUUUAUUGCUAGCUAGUAAUACGAAUUAAUUAUAAAAAGUAAUUAAGUUACAGAGUGAAAAUUUGUUACACGUUCUUAUUUGGGAUUACGAGAUAUGUAAUUUGCUUUCUGGAAUUAUAACCAAAUGGUAGAUUGUCGGUUGCUACCUUUACACUGCCAGAGUAUCAGAAUAGUAAAUGUGGUGUACGCGUUACUCUUUCUUCUGACAUUAAUUACACUUUUCGUUAACAUCGAACUUUAUUCUUUCUCUUUCAAAAAUUUUGUAUAUAUAUAUAUAACUGUAAAUUUGAAGCACAUAUUUGGUAUCAAUUGGUUCUAUUAAUAUUUCUUUGUACGGUAAUGGAAUGUUUCUAACGAAGCAUCGAGCACUGUUUAUUCAUGGUUAAACUUAAUUGUAGGAACGGUUAGGAAAUAUAAUCGUGAUAUGCAUUUAAGGUUUAUAACCAGGGCUGGUUUAUCGUGUAAGUGAACGAUACGUAACACUCGAUUUAUAAUAUCUGGGCGCAGCUUUCCAUAUAGAAUUGAUAAAAUAGUGACUCGGAAAAUUAUUGACGAGUUCUCUGGUCUACAAAUACACAAAGUAUAUUUAACACCAUAACUCGAGCGAUGGCCCUGAUUGUAAUGUUGUUUAACUUAACUUUUUUCAUUGUUUUAUGUUAUAACUAAAGUACUGUUGUUUAUAUUUUCUAAUGUUGAACAUUGAUUUUAUCGAAAUGUAGAUGUAUAUUUGUACUUAGAAGUAGACGUGUAUAGCGCAGAUUAGAGAUUAGCAAGGACUUUCAUCGGGUGUAAAAUAAUUUAUUUCACAUUAAUUUAAUGUUAUUUAACGAGUAUAUAUUUCAAUUUUGCAAUUGCAUUGCAGCAUUUUAUAUAAUACGAGUUACAUCAUUUGGAUAUAUUUAUCAGACGUGUAUAAACAAUAUUCCAUUGUUAGGUAGAAGUAGCGAUCACAACUUACAUGCACAGAGUGUAACGAAGCACUAACGUCAGUGUACGAAUUAGAAUUCUAUUACUAAUGCACAUGAUUUACUCUUUAUUUUUUGAAAAAAAGAAAAAAAAAAGAACUUACAGUUGUAAAGAAAUUCGUUAAUUUUUUUCUUUCGUCAAAAGAGAACGACAAGAACUUGACGUACGUAAGAAGUAGCGACUACGACUGUGUAAUCUUCCAUGUAACAAAUUCUUUGUAUACAUUUAUAUACACACGUAUCUAUGUCUAGCAGUUUCAUCAGUUCUAAUUUCUCGACUAAAUGCAUACCUUUUUUUUGAUUACAGUAAUGUGCUUAGAUAAAACGUAAGGUAUCAUUUUCUCUAGAAAAUAAGAGAGGAUUGAAAUUUGUUUCCGAAGUGUAUAUCAACGAUGUGUGUAAUUUUACGCGUAUCAUACGAUUCAAGAAGAAAAAAAAAGGUAGCAUUGUUCGAAUUUGUAUUUGCGAAAUAUGUUUUUUCUUUUGUACAGUGGAAAAGUCAAUGAACGUACAAUACCGGAUACUCUGGAAACGUAAUACUAUACUUCGUUUUCGUCGUGCGUGUGAAGGUUUAUUUAUUUACCUGUAUAUACAUAUACAGAUAUUGUGUAUAUUGUGUAUAUCGUUUUUUAAUUUGGGAUUAAAAUGAAACCAUAUUGAAAAUGAUAGAGGCGUUUUGUGACUUAACUCGCGUUGUUACGUUAGAUAUCUUAAAAUGUUUGUUAUAAACAUUUUUGUCGAACAUGUCGAGUUCGAAAUCAAGUUUACAACACCACUUAAUAGAUUCUCUAAUGGUAAUAUUGAUGUGCUUAACAAGCUAUACAACCCCGUUAUCGAUACUAAAGGUAGUAUCAUACACAGCAAUGAAUAUCUAGACACUGGUAACCAUUUUAUAAAGCGUCCUACGCAUUAUUAUUCAAUAAAAUUAAUUUAACAUUCAAUGGAUUCUCGAGUACUCUAGAAUGGUAGCGAUAUAGACAAUAUAAUAGAGUUCUACGUUCGUCGGCAAUUUAACGAAAUUAAUCGUUUCGAAGCAUGCAUAGUUUUCCUUUUUAUAAAAACUUAAAAUACGCAGCAACAAUGUAGAAGAGUAGUUAUUCGUUUCUCGUCUUGUAUUGCGCAUAGUCGAUCGCAUAUAACGAUGGAUUUACUUUGUAAAUAAAGAUACCUUAUUGGAUACGAA